UAAUUACUUGUUGACUGGAAGACGCGUAUAAAAACAAACGACGCAAAACAAAAGAUGCCAGCUGAUUCAAUUUCUAGGAUGGAUUCAAAUGGCUCCAAUGAAAAUGACAAAAACAAUACAUCUCAAAAUAUUUUGGGUACUUCUCCAGGAGCUAGUAGUUUACGCUCCCGCACCGAUAGUGAGUGCUCUGAUAAGCUAGCUCGAUUUGUUUUACCCAGCAUGGAUGGCAGUCCACCAAAAGUGAUGACACUUGACGAAGUCACAAAUGUCGUUAAAAACAUACAAAACAUGGAACUAGCACACGAAAUUGCCUUGAAUCCAGAGUUUAAAUUGCAACCUUAUGAACCACCGGAGAACAGCCUUGAAAAACGCAUCAAGGAUUGCAUGCACAAAGCUUUCUGGGAUUUACUACGAGAACAAUUGAAUUCCGAUCCCCCUUCAUAUGAUUAUGCCAUACAACUUUUAAGUGAAAUUAAGGAAUGUUUUCCACAAAUUUUAACGCAGAACAAUAAACUCAUACUGGAUCAAAUUAAUGAGAUUUUGGACGAAUCUGUUAUUCGCCAGCAAGCCGAGAAGGGUGUACUCGACUUUAAAUCAUAUGCCGAUUUUAUUAUUAAAAUCAUGGGUAAAUCAUGUGCACCAGCCAGAGAUGACGACAUUAAGAAGCUUACACAAAUCGAAGAUGUAGUUGAUAUGUUCAAAGGCAUUUUGGAUACAAUGGCUCUCAUGAAAUUGGACAUGGCUAAUUUCCUAUUAGACUUCUCCCGAAAUGCUAUUAUGGCAAACUCAGUGGAGUAUGAGAAACAGAAAUUUAAUGAAUAUUUGGAAUAUUAUAAAUUUGGCUUUCCCGCAACGGAAAACUGGCUUCAACGCAAUCUCUCUCCCACCUCAAGUGGCACAUCUGUAACUCCAGAUCAAGCUAUGUCCAAUGCCUAUAUGGAACUAAUGGAUUGGCAGGAGAAUAUUGAUUUCCCCGAAAUUCUAUCCACAGACAAGGAUCGCAUUCUCAAAUUGGGUCAACGGGCCAAACGUUUAUGUGUCGCAGCAUCACUGAUAUCCAUUUGUUCAGCAGUGCCUAUUAUAUCUCAGCGUUCAGAAAAUCGAAUUGAAUUAGCUAAACAAAUUGAAAUACUGCUACAAAGUGUUACAAAUGAAAAAGAUAUAUCAGAGAUUAUUGAUAAUAUUUGGGAACAAAUAAAAACAGUAAUCAACAAAUAUUUACAAAAGGAGAAUCAAUCAGCAAUGGACUCAGAAGUGGAGACCAUGAUUCGAAUGCAAGUAAAGCAAAUAGCAAAUAGGGAUGCUCCAGUACGACAACUAAUGUGGAAACGUUUUCAGACUUAUUUUCGACUGGCACUUCGUUCUAAGGGCGGAUUACCACCUCCACCCCCAGGCUACGUAGAUUUUAAAGAUGAACUUGAAUCCUACACCACUGCCCUUAAGCGUGUAAUAGCCUAUAAUCACUCUGUAUUUGGUGAAUAUUUUUUGCAAAUACUCACGCAGCGUCAAAAUGACACAAACAAUGAUAGUAUUCGUGCUAGUGCAGAUGCUACCACUGAUGCCGGACCUUCCACCUCACAGCAAUGA